AUGUCGUUGUUUGGUACUCAAUCUAAAACGAUAGGUACAAGUGGUGGAUUCUCCUUUGGACAGAAUCAACCAACUUCACAAUUCUCAGGCACAACUCCUUCGUUUGGUGGAUCAACAACAACAGGUGGAACGACCGCUCCUGCUGCAGCAGGUUCAACUCUUAAUCCAUCUGCCAAUGCUGCUUCAUCAACAUUUACAUUGCCAACGUCAAUAAAUGCUACAAACAGUUCUAAAUUAUUAAAAGAAUUAUUGGAAUCGGCUAAUAACUUACCUAAAAACACUGACAAUGUCGAACUUGGAUCAAUUCAUCUUACAUUAAAUGAAUUACAACGAAAAUCACAACAAUUGAGGAAGCUUGACGAUUCAAAGAAAGAUGUUAGUUAUACUAAAGCUCAUUAUUUAUUAGCAGGAAGUGGGAUUAGUGCAGAAGAGAUUGAGAAUGAUUUGAAUGCAAUUCAUAUCCCACAAAGAACAACCACCACUGGAGGUGUCGGUCCAGUUACUGCAUCAAGAGUUGGUGUAACUUCAGAAAAUAUCGAAAAUUAUUUAAAUACCAAAAAAGAUGAAAGUAUAUUGAAUUCGAUUGAACAAUCGUUAGCUUUGGCUUCUAAAGAUUUUGAUAAUUUCAUAAAUGCGAACAUUUCAAUUGAUUGGAAAGUUAGAAGAGAUGAAUUAAGAAAAGCAGUUGGGUUGAAAUAUAAUGGAGAUAAUAGUGCUGAUUCUAUUAGGAAUUCUUUAAUUUGGAAGAAAACGAACUUCUCUUCAGGUGGUAAUAUUUUAUCUCCAUUGAGCACCUCAACAACAGCAAGUUCAUCAGCUAAACAAAUGACUAGAGAAAAAUUCGAAAAUCAUGCCAAAAUAGUAUAUGCUCUUAAUGAAGCUAGAUUAGAAUCAAGAAAUUUCCCAUUAUGCUUAAAUUUCAAUGAAUUGAAUAAAUUACAAAACGAUAUGAAAUCAAAACAAAUUUCAGAAAUUUGGAAGAUUUUAAUUGAAUUAACUAAUGAAAAAUUCUCAAAGACUAGUCAAGAGCAGAAAUUCUAUAAUGUUGAUAAAGAUGAAUUAGAUUCAAUUAUUGUAAACAAUAGUAAGAACUACUUACAACAAGAAUUUUUCAACUAUGUUGAUGAGCUUUAUAUUAAGGAUAAUAAUAAAACCCCAAAUUUCUUGCCAGCAACAAACUUGAACAAGAUUUCUUAUUUCAUUCACCAAAUAAUCUUGAAAAAUGAUCCUGAUUUAGUUAAUAAAACCUUAUUGGUUAAUGGUACUCCAAUUUGGGCGUUAAUCUUUUAUCUCAUCCGUGCUGGGUUAUAUCUUGAUGCUGUGGGAUUAGUUCUUGGUAAUCGUGAAAUCUUCAAUAAAUUUGAUAAGAAUUUCCCAGUAUAUAUUAAGAAAUAUGUUGACAGUGAUAAUCAUACCUUACCUUCAGAUUUAAGUGAAAGGCUACAUCAGGAAUUUAAUCAACAAUUUCAAUUCAUUAUAAAUGAUGUUGAUACAAGUAUCAAUUAUGAUCCUUACAAAUAUUCGGUUUAUAAAAUCAUUGGGAAAUGUGAUUUAACUAAGAAAUCCUUACCUCAAUCAAUUAAUUUAUCUAUUGAAGAUUGGUUAUGGUUCCAUUUAUCUAUUAUUAAACAAAAGCAAUCAAAUAAUGAGUCUACAUUAUUAUUUGAGAAUUAUGAUUUAUCUGAUUUACAAAACAAAAUCAUUCAUUUAGGCCCAAAAGCAUUCUUAACAUCUCCAAAUAAUCCACUUUAUCUUAAGACCUUGAUUUUAGUUGGUCUUUAUGAAUUAGCAGUUCAAUAUACUUAUGAACAACUCAAUGAAUGUGAUGCGGUUCAUUUGGCUAUUGGAUUCAUCUACUAUGGUUUAUUAAAGUGUUCCAACGCAAGCAAAGAUGUCUUGUUGAGUGUAUUCGACAAUGAAUAUCAAAUUAAUUUCAGUAGAUUAGUAGGUUCAUUCACUAGAAGUUUCAAAAUUAGUGAUCCAAAAGUUGCAUGUCAAUAUUUAAUUUUAAUAGCCAUGGCAAAGGGAGGUGAAUGUAAAGAAGAAAUUGCUAUUUGUCAUGAAGCAUUACGUGAAUUGAUCUUGACUUCUCGUGAAUUUGGAAUCUUAUUGGGAGAAUUAAAUCAAGCUAAUGGAACUAAAAUCCUGGGUAUUUUAGAAAGACAAAGAAAAUUAAUUAAAUUGGAAAAUAUUGAUGAAUUCUAUCAUCAAAUUAUUGAAAUUACUGCUAGUAAAUGUGAAGAAGAAGGUAGAAUAUUUGAUGCCUUGUUGUUAUAUCAAUUAUGUUGUGAAUAUGAUACUGUUGUUUCUUUAAUUAAUAAAUUAUUGGCAGAGAUUUUUGCUACUAGUGAUUUGAAUAAGCCAAUUAUAAGAUAUGGUAAUUAUCAAGUUAUUUCCAAUGGAUAUAUUGACGAUAAUAAAGAGUGUGAAGAUACUGUUGAUAAUAAUAUAAUUUUAUUGUCUCAACAUAUUAUGAGGAUCUUCAAUAAUAAUGGUUCUAUAUUGGAUAAGAUAUCUCUGCAAAAGAAGAGAACUUGUGAUUUAUUAUUACCAAUGGUUACAAUUAGAGAUUUAUUCCUCAAAAAGAAUUGGCGUGAAGUAAUUACACAAAUCAAUCAAUUGAAUCUUAUUCCAGUAGGACCUAAUGAUGAUCUUAUUAAGAUUAGAAACAUGAGCGAAAUGAUCCAAAAUAAUGAUUUGGAUGAUAAUUUGAUUAAAGUUAUUCCUUCUUUGUUGAUUAUGGUUAUGACUAGUGUUUGUCAUUUGAACUAUGAGAUCUUAUCGAAGAGAUAUCAAUCUUUAAGCAACCAAAGAGAUGAAUUGUCUAGUUGGAAGCAAGUGGCUAAGAAUUGUAUGAUUUACGCUGGGAUGGUACAAUAUAAGAUGCCUAGAGAAACUUAUAGUUUGUUGAUCAAUUUAGAAUCACAAUUGUAG